UCUCUUUAAUGACUCAAAGCAGUCUCUCCUGAUAAUCAUGGGCUCAGAAUGCCUCUCUCUGUUGGCUAUCAUUGCAUGUAUCAGUACUGCUGAUUUUCAUCCACUUAUUCGUUCAAGCAAUGGGCUUCGUGAGUGCCGCAAAAACCUUAGCGCACCAGCACUUGAGGUUCUCCCUGGUGGAGGAUGGGACAACCUGCGCAACUUGGAUAUGGGUCGAGUGAUGAACCUAAGCUAUUCACAAUGCCAGACCACAGAGGAUGGCAUCUACCUCAUUCCAGAUGAGACAUUUGUCAUUCCGCAGAAGGUGAGCUCAGUAGAGAUGAACUCUGAGAUCAUCAGCUCAUGGCUUGAGCAGAAAAGCUCCACUUCGAGCUCAAUCAAUGUUGAGGCUUCCUUCUUCAAAGUGGUGAAUGGCAAAUUCUCUGCUGAGAGCAAACGCAUGAAAACCCAUCAAGUGAAGGAUAAUUCAGUCACAGCUCGGGUACAGGUGCGUAACCAUCUGUACACAGUAAAGGCAUAUCCUGAUUUCACUCUGGAUGCACGAUUUGCCCGACAAGCAGAGGAAAUUGCAGAUGCCAUUGAGAACAACCAAACUCGCCAGGCAACCUAUCUGUCUGAAAAGAUGGUGCUUGAUUAUGGUACACAUGUCAUCACAAGUGUGGAUGCUGGUGCUACUUUGGUGGAGGAGGACUAUUUAAAAUCAUCUUAUGUUUCUGAUGCACAGUCCUCUCAGUCCUCUGUCACAGCAUCAGCUGGUGUCAACUUUUUUAACAAAGUUCAAUUUGAUAUUGGCAGUAAAGUGUCAACAGAAACAUCUGAAACUACGGCCUACCAGGGUAAUAUUACAUACUCCAUAACACUGAGUCAUGGUGGGGCUUUGUUUUAUCCCGGCAUCACUUUACAAAAAUGGCAGGAGAGCACUUUAAACAAUUUAAUUGCUAUUGACCGUAGUGGAUUACCACUACAUUAUUUUCUCAACCCAUCAACAUUUCCAGACCUCCCACUUCCAACUGUAAAUAAACUUGCUCUGACUGUGAGUAAGGCUAUAGAGAGUUACUAUAAAAUUAACACCUAUCCUGGGUGUGUUAAACCAGACUCAGAAAAUUUCAACUACCAGGCAAAUGUGGAUGAUGCAUCCUGCGAUGGUCCAAGCACCAACCUUAGCUUUGGUGGUGUUUACCAACAGUGUGCUCCACUGACUUCAGAUGGAGAUGCAAUCUGCCAGGAACUUGCUGUGAAAAACCCAGCCACUGGCUCGUAUACCUGUCAACAGCCAUACACUGCUACACUAUUGCGCUCUGAAGUGCAGGAAAGACCAUAUAAUAAUUAUGAGUGCCACCGGCGAUGUCAUUCAUGCUGGUUGUUAUUUCAUUGUUGUAAAGAUGUAUGUGGAAAUGUGUAUUAUGUUCGACGGGCACAGGUUGACACUUAUUGGUGUUCCACUAAUGAGACAGCUCCAGAAUUCAGUGGAUAUCUCUUUGGUGGUCUAUUUGGCCCUUCUUUACAAAAUCCAAUAACCAAAUCCAGAUCCUGUCCUCUAAAUUUCUUUGCCCUACAAUUUUUAUCCAGUGGCAUUAUGAUUUGUCUAAGCAAUGACUAUGAGGCAGCAACAAGAUUCUCUGUGCCCUUUGGAGGUUUCUUUAGCUGCCAGUCUACCAAUCCGCUUGCAGGUAGACAAUCUCACUGCCCACCACAGUUUAGCCAACAUCUUGUUGCCAUAAGCGAUGGAUGUCAGGUACUAUACUGUGUUCAGUCAGGCAAUUUCACUGGAGGUGAGUUACUUCCCAUCCACCUCCCACCCUUCACAAGACCUCCAGUGAUUAAUAUGAUAGCUACAAACACUGUAGCUGUGAUGACUGAAGGAGACCGGGCCUGGGUGAGAAUCAAAGACACAAUGAUGUGGAAGGUGGCCAAGCCUGAGGACAUUGCAAAAAUGUCCCAAAUGUUUGAGGAUGAUUCCUCUCAGUCACAAAGAAAAACGGUUGGCAUUGCAUUUGGAGCUCUAGCCUUGAUUGCUCUUGUAGUGGUGGUAGCAGUGUUAGUGGUGAGAAAGAGGAAGAAGAUUCUUCUUCUCAGAAGAGGCCAAGGCUAUGAGGAGAUUCAAAGUGAAGGACUGUGUGAGACUACUGUAGAAAGCCAGACAGAGCAACAGAGUCUGACUGAUGAUCAUACUGUUCCUAUGCAAUAAAUACUUGUGAAGUGAUUUACAGCAAUGCACCAUUAUCUAAUAACUAAAACCUUUAACUGCUUUUAGCUAUUCAUUUUCUACACUGUAUUAAGCAGAAUAUUUUGUUUGUUUGUUGUACUUUUACCUGUAAUACAUUUAUACAUAAAAGCAGAUAAUUGAAAUAAUAACA